CUUCAGGUUGUAAACAUGGGGGUGAUCGGAGUGAUCGUCCCGCUCUGACAGCCCUGUCGAGCCCAAAUUCGUCGCACCGCUCAACCUAAUCAGUCAACCACCUCGUCCUGACGUAUCGUAGUAUAAUCUCGGUAACCACACCUACCGGUAAACCUCGGAAACCCGGCGGAAUCUAGGCCUGAACCCUCCUACAACCGCGACGAAGUGACAACUCCGCCUCCCGAUACUCGCCGUCGGACACUUCCGCACACUCCUCAAAUGCCGUUCUCGAAUUACCUGCGCCGCUAAAGUGCGUCUGGAGAGCGGCAUGCGCCUGAAAUGGAUAGCGCCAAAGGUGACUCCGACAGCGCGACGGUCAGAGCGACCGUCGAUUCUCCUGCGGGCUCGGCGGAAUCCACGUCGACAGAGCAGCGGCAGCCGCAACGGUCGUCACGCUCGACCGACGUUCAACUUUGCGGAUUCCUCAACAAGUUGAGUAGCACGAGUCUCGUGAAGACGUACAAGAGACGCUGGUUCGUCUUCAACGAGGGCAACUGCAAGCUUUACUACUAUCGCGAACCGCAAGACGUUCAUCCGUUGGGAGAAAUCGACGUGAAAUCGGCCAGUUUUUACCUGGACGUGACCAACUGGGAGAAACCGGGCGUGUUUGUGAUUCGUACUCCACAACGGGACUACCACUUGGAAGCCAAGGACCGGCAGGCCGGGCUGUACUGGCUACAAGAGCUGCAACGGUUUCGCAGAGAAUACAGCCUGAGACGCAACCUUAAUUUGAAGCAGAGCCGCAGCGUCUCGGACAGUUGUUCACCUCAGCAGGUCACCGGUGGACUUCUGCGGAAAGAGCCGGAGCGUCUAAAAGGAGAGGCCGGCGGCGAAGACCCGCAUGAGGGCUUCCUCUUAUCUCUCGUGGAGUGCCCCACGGCAGUGGUGGGAGAGCACACGGCCCAGCAGCAGCAGCAACAGUCGCCCUCUCACUCCUUUUCAGUCCUCUCAAACCUCAGGCACCCGGCAGCACUCUUCCAACGUCGCCAACGUUCGCAGAGCACAGACGAAAUAAAAGCGGAGGCCUCCAGUCAUUUCUACUUGAAUGAGUCAGAGGAGUUGUACGAGGAUGACGAGGGAUCGGAUGUGCCGUCGUCCCCGACCAAACUGAAGUCGCCGGCCGUCUUCACGACCUUCAAGAAGAAGCUGCAACAUUCCUUUCGCACGAGACCCAAGCUUGAGUCGGAUAUGUUCUCCUCGGGGCCGCCGCUCUUGCGGAAGCUCCACGAGUGCACCUGCAGUAAAUGCAAAGAGUUGGAAGCAGAGGCAUCUAAUUUAAGAGAAGACCUCCAGUGCAAAGAGGACGAGCUGAGUGCAAGCAAGGAGGUGAUCAAGGUGCUGAGGCAGCAAUUGGACCUGGCAAACACGGAACGAGAAACUCUGGUCGAGCUCUAUGCUAACUCCAGUAACGAAAACUACUCAAAGAUGCUUCACGACAAGGAUCGGCUUCUUCUGGAGCUGAGGAACGAACUGUACAUGUGCAAGCUGCAACUCGAGAGCACGCAACACAAGAGAUGCUCUGUGGAGAAGGAACUGGACGAGCUCAAGGACCGGAGCUCGCUGUACCAGGAGGUGCUCAAGGAGAAAGACAAGAUCCUCAUGUCGCUUACUAACGAGCUGUAUGACAUUGAGACCGAAAAGAAAGAAGAGGAGAUCGCUGGAGAGAGUGCAAUUAAGCUUGAACAAACAAAAAUGGUCGAGGAGAUAGAAACACUGAGGGAUGCGGUUUCAGCAUUCCAUGUGCAGAACAAGUUUUUGAACAAAGAAAUCUUGGAGUUGAACGAGUUGCGGUGGAAUUCUGAAGAGAGGGAACGACAGCUCGUAAUCAAGUGCUCGAACGCCGAGGCAAGGCACUAUCAGACUCAGAGCAAGUUGCUGUUUCUCCUCAAAGAACUCAAUGCACCGCAGGAAGGCGAUAGUAAUGUGCAGGGCAUAGUUUCUCAGUUGCUCGAGGAAGCCAUGCACGAUCCAACGCUUCCCAAGGAGAUCCAUGACUCUUUUCUGGGAAGUGACGAAGUUUACGACACGUACGGUUUCAACCGCAAAUGGGGGAAGGAGUGCGACAUGGUCGUCUCCAAGGCCGAGAACCUCAAAAGGAAGUCCGAAAACAUCUCCCUAAAGAUGCAGGACAGCUCGUUGAUAUCGUGGAGGGUCAAGUGGGAGAACUACCUCGUCAACUGCCCCAUCGGAAAGCCGUUGCAGAAGAACCCAGAGCUGAAGGCGUUAGUGCGGACCGGCAUUCCCCAGGAAUUCAGGAGUCGGGUCUGGAGAGGGUGCGUAGAGUUCCAUGCCGGUCAGGAAAGAGCUGAGAAAGGGCCCGGUUACUACGAAGAUUUGCUGACCACUCCAACUAUCACAAGUGCCUUUGACCCUGCUGUCAAGCAGAUCGAGCUGGACCUGCUGCGUACGUUACCAAACAACCGGCAUUACGAAACUCCAGAUGCGCCAGGGAUCAAUCCUCUCCGAAGGGUUCUCUUAGCCUACAGCCGACGAAAUCUCAUUGUGGGCUACUGUCAGGGGCUAAACAGGCUGGCAGCCAUUGCCCUGCUCUUCAUGUCGGAAGAGGAUGCAUUCUGGUGCCUUGUUACCGUCGUGGAGUACAUUAUGCCGAGGGACUACUACAGUCGGACUCUCGAAGCAUCCCAGGUGGACCAGCGGGUGCUAAAGGACCUGAUGAUCGAGAAGCUGCCGCGCCUCUACGCGCACUUGGAGAGCAACAAGGUGGACCUGUCUCUGUUCACCUUCAACUGGUUCCUCACCGUCUUUGUGGACACCAUCCCAGCUGAGACGUACCUCUACAUCUGGGACGUCUUCCUUUACGAGGGGAACAAGGUGCUGUUCCGGUUCGCUUUGGCAAUCUUCAAGAUAUGCGAGACAGAGAUCCUUAACCAGGAGGACUACAUGGCAAUCAACCGCUACCUUCGGACGAUGCCAGAGAAGAUGACCAACACCAGGCAACUCGGCCAAGUUGCUUUCAACGAGCUCAACCCCUUUCCAAUGAGAGUCAUCAAUGCCAAACGUGCUGCCCACAUGCAAGCUGUCAAAGAGCAACUGCGUAAGCUGGACGAAAUCCGGAACUCUCUUCCCGAGAGGAGCACCACGCCGAGCAAUCAGCCAAGCUCUCCAGACGAUCCCUCCAUCUGAGCACACCUUCCAGAAUAGCCCCGAUCAAAACCCAACACAAAUUCUCCCAUAGACCCGAGCAAACAGCAAACUUUGAACAAACAAACGACGAGCGCAAGCAAUUUAUAGCAAAGAGACUGCCGGCUUCGCCGAUCAAAUACUUGGAGCUUCUUUUUGAAGCUGAACUGCAGUAUUCGCUCUGUUGGGACAGUACAAGUUGCACUUGCGAGUGUUCAAGGUUGCGUGAAAAGAACACUUGUUACUGGUCUUGUAAUACGGGGCAGUUCACUUUGCGUGUCUAGUUGUUGCUGAUGUCACCUGGAUGUAAUGAUUUUUAGUUUUAACUUUACUCGGGUGAAAGAUUAAGCAUAAAAAGGCCAAUUUUCCUAUUACGUUGUGAUAAUUUGUGUAAUGAAAAUGAAAGGGUGGACUUCUUUUUGACAAAACAAUGGCGAUGGAAAAAAGAGAGUAAUAUUUAUAUUAACACAGCCUCAAAAGGAUGUUAUUAGAGAAACAUACUUAGUAGCCACUCCACGAUAAAAAAAAUGAUUAUUUUUUUAGGUCUUUAUUUAAACUUCGGUCAUUUGUGUCCCUCAGACCUCGUUGUGAAAAAUUGAAAAAUACAGUUUCAAAAACUGGUUGAUGCAGUUGAAGGCACAGUAAGGUGAAUUACCUUGCAUUAGUAAUUCAAUAAUAACAAGAAAAGUAAGCUGCAUCCUUAGUACAUUCGAGUUGAAAUGGCAAGAAACAAUGCAACAUAACAGUUGUUAUGGUAGUCAUGAAAGUCAAGUGGUGGGGAGUGCCGAUAGAUUUGGAUUUCUUGCACCAUGUAAUAAUUAUAUGAAUUGUUUGCAACUUUCAUGUCACUGCUUGGCCUGUGAUAUUUCUGCUUACUUUCUCUUUUUAUAUAUGCCAUGUAUAAUGAAUUCUCAGCUUCACUACUUUGCUCGUAAACUUAAUUUCUCAAACGUGUUCGGACAUUACUAGUUACCUCCUUGGUACAGAAGGAAACAGUCCAAAACAUGAUGUAAGGACAAGUAGACGGAAGACACAAAUGCAGCACGGACUCACGACUUUGUUUUCUUUCUCAUCUUCUUCGAUGCAUAAAAGGAAUUAAGUAGGAUAAAAAGAGAAAGACACAGUCGUGGCAGGAUACUUCUUCAGUCAGUCAUUCAAUAUAUAAAAACCAAGUGUUGCAGAAUAUGUAAGUUUUAAAAAGUUGAAGGAACUAAAACUCAACUUCCACACUUAUCUUUCCAUUCUCAAAUUAAUUCAAACUCUUCCUUGCACACUGUCACUGACUCUGCACCAACAGAAACAUCAGGACCAUAUAGAUUAAUGUGAUAUGCCUUAUGAAUUUCCCUAGUUAAAUUUUGGGUAUGUCUUGCCAGGAUUUCAAUUUGUUCAAACGAUAGGUGUGCAACACAAUCUAUUGCUGUGAACUGCCAGAUGACCCGAUAGCAUAGACCUCAAGGACUGGGGGGUGUUACCUAGCUCAAACAUUUAUGCACCUACCUGUCUGUCCCAUGUAGACCUUAACGCAAGAGAAUGGGAUUCUAUACACGACUCCGACUGCAUGCAACAUAUUUGAAAGGAUGUUUGAUUUCACACACUACACAUUUCCUUCUUGCUCUCUCAAUCGUAGCACACAAGUGAGACAGCUUUGAAAGGGCUGAAAAGACUAUAGGAACUUUAUAUUUAUCUGCCACCUUCUUAAUCCUAUGGGAAAGGUUAUGAAGAUACGGUAUUGCCAAUGGUCAGGAGGUAGGUUUCCGCAUAUCGUUGUCUCAAGUACCAGGCCUUUGUCUGAAGAAAGUUAAAAGACACCCGUUGAAAUCAGCCUGUUGAUCUGAAACAUAAAGCUUGAAAACUUUUAUGAAACCAACAUAUUGUUAAAGAAGCUAUCAGACAGGGUUUGGCAAUACCUCUCUUUACAAUAUUGGAGUGCGUGGAAUCGUUGCUUAGGAGACUUCUUUGUCCUCGUAAGUCAGCACUGUUUGUAGGUCACCGUCAGUCAGCUUUAAAUUUGUGUCUUUCGUCUACUUGUACUCACGUCUUUUCUGUGCUGUUUUCUUCUGUUACAAAUAUGCACUGACUAGCAUGCCUUGAAACUCUAAUAUAGUUAGUUACCUUGUAACUGCUGAAAGGAAUGCUUGCGUGAAACAUUGAAAUUUGCAAAUUCAGUGUGAAAAAAAAAAGAAAAAAAGAUAUGGACUGCUUUUUUGCUAAUGUUGGUAAUCUAUAAAAGAAAAAAAAAUUUAUUGCAGGUUUGAAACUGUGGAAGGAGGUUAUUUGAAUAUGGCAUUCCAAACUUUUUCAUUGUUUAACAAAGUAUCUACACUUGUUGCACAUUUAUUCAGUUAUUGUAUGUUUUAUGAUCCACCUGGUGACGUUGAUAAGUUGGCUUCAUAAGGACGUGUCUAAUAUUCCCAGAGAAUUAAUUACUUUAAACUAUUUAUACAUACUUAACCAAGUACGCUGUCGAGACGCUUCAAUGUGCAAUAUACACAUAAGAUUUACUAUUUUUAUGAUGCCAACUACAAAUACGCUUUUGCAGUUAACUAUUUUCGAUGCCUUUUUGGAACAUUUGUACUGAACUUUAUACUGCAAAUAAAACUACUGUUAACAGGUGUG